AUGGAUUCGAGUCAAAGCAAUAGCAAUGGGGCACCUGUCUUGGUUUCGGCCGUCUCCAAAUUAACGUUGACUGGCGAGGAAUCGGUUGAAGCACCAGAUUCUGGAUCAGUCCUACUCCCACCUCACCUAUCUCAUGAUCCCCAAACCAAUUUGAAAAGGAGUGAUCCCUUUCAAUUUGGGUCUCGGCACCUCAGCGAGAAAGACAAUGUCUUCGAGUUUAACGCGUGGGAUCAUGUAGAGACUGAUGAUAUUUACAAAGAGUAUGCAGAACAGCAGUUCGCAAAGCAGCGCGAAGCACCAGUCUCAGACUUUGAUAAAACUAGAUUCAAUUCCGAUCCUGCAAAAUGGUGGAACAACUUCUACAAGAAUAACACGGCGAAUUUCUUCAAAGACCGCAAAUGGCUCCAGCAAGAAUUUCCCGUGCUUUCUGAGAUGACAAAAGCGGAUGCUGGUCCUGUCACACUACUCGAAGUCGGUGCAGGUGCCGGAAAUACUGCCUUCCCAAUUUUAGCUCAUAACCAUAAUCCAAACCUCAAAAUACACGCGUGCGAUUUCUCCAAGAAUGCUGUGGAAGUGAUACGUGCGAACGAAUCCUAUGAUACCAAAAACAUCCAAGCAGAUGUUUGGGAUGUCGCCGGUGAUGAGCUUCCACCAGGACUGGAGGAAGCGAGUGUUGACCAUGUUCUGAUGAUCUUCAUAUUCUCAGCGCUUUCACCGUCGCAGUGGAAACAAGCCGUCCACAACAUCUUCAAAGUCCUUAAGCCAGGUGGCGAGGUGUUGUUUCGAGAUUAUGGGCGUGGUGAUCUUGCUCAAGUGCGCUUCAAGAAGGGCCGUUAUCUGGAAGAAAACUUCUAUAUCAGAGGUGAUGGUACGAGGGUUUAUUUCUUUGAGAAAGACGAGCUUAUCGAUAUUUGGACCGGAGAGAUUGCCGAGGAAUCCGGAGCUUCCUUCGAAGUCGUCGACCUAGGUGUCGACAGGAGGCUGCUUGUCAAUAGAGCCAAGCAGCUUAAGAUGUAUCGAUGCUGGCUCCAAGGCCGCUUCCGAAAGCAACAGAAUCAAACCCCCUGA